AUGGAGGAGUAUGGAGCAUGGCGGGGACGAGCUGGACUGUCGAUAAGGGCGGCUUUUAUGUUCCGUGCUGCGCUCAAGUUUGCCACCCUGACAAGUGAGUUGGUCAAUAUUAACAACCAUGUCCAUGUCCUUUCUUCGUGGUGUAUCCUAGUCCAAAGCUCUGAUAGGCCCGGAAAGGAUCUGCUGGAAAUUGCACUGCUCGAAGAAGUAGAUGUCGCUGCAAGGAGUGGUUCGGGAAGCUGGAGUAUAUCUGACGGGACCAUGUUUGGCAGCUUGAUGUUUGUUGUAUAA